GAUGAUGACUGUACGACAGUAUCACCGUCGGCAUUGGUGGCAUACGAUUCAGAAGCGUUCUGCACAUUAUUCGGCGUUACCGUUGACGUUGACGCUGAAGCAGCCGAAAAACUGUGCAGUGUACCUGAGCGAAGGAACUUAUUUUAUGAGACGGCAAUUGAUCGUGUUCAGAAUGCGAACAACAAGUUAAUGGAUUAUACUGAAUUCGGAUAA